CCCGACCCGGCCCCGCGCGCCGCGGAGUUGGCUGCUGGGAGGCGCGGGCCUGGGUGUGGUCGGCGGAUCUCAGCGGCGCUGGUCUCGGCGGUGCUCUGCGCUCUGCAAGCCGGCUCCGCGCGCCAGGGGCUGCUGAGCGCCCAGCUGACCUCCGCACGCCCAGUCCACGCGGGUCGAAGCUCCCUCCAGUGACUUUCAUUUGUUAGUUUCUGAGAUAAACAAAUUCAAGGAUGAGUGAGCUGGAGCAGUUGAGGCAGGAAGCCGAGCAGCUGCGGAAUCAGAUCCAGGAUGCUAGAAAAGCAUGUAAUGAUGCCACGCUUGUUCAGAUCACGUCAAAUAUGGAUUCCGUGGGUCGAAUACAAAUGCGAACAAGACGUACACUGAGGGGUCACCUAGCUAAAAUCUAUGCUAUGCACUGGGGAUAUGAUUCGAGGCUACUAGUCAGUGCUUCUCAAGAUGGAAAAUUAAUUAUUUGGGAUAGCUAUACAACAAAUAAGAUGCAUGCUAUUCCUUUGAGGUCCUCCUGGGUGAUGACCUGUGCUUAUGCUCCCUCUGGUAAUUAUGUUGCUUGUGGAGGACUGGACAACAUCUGCUCUAUAUAUAACUUGAAAACCAGAGAGGGAAAUGUGAGAGUGAGCCGAGAGUUACCGGGUCACACAGGCUACUUGUCCUGCUGUCGCUUUUUAGAUGACAGCCAAAUUGUUACAAGUUCAGGAGAUACAACUUGUGCUUUAUGGGACAUCGAAACUGCCCAGCAGACCACUACAUUCACUGGGCAUUCUGGAGAUGUGAUGAGUCUUUCUCUGAGUCCUGACAUGAGGACUUUUGUUUCUGGUGCUUGUGAUGCCUCUUCAAAAUUAUGGGAUAUUCGAGAUGGAAUGUGUAGACAGUCUUUCACUGGCCAUGUGUCGGAUAUUAAUGCUGUCAGUUUUUUCCCAAAUGGAUAUGCCUUUGCCACUGGCUCUGAUGAUGCUACUUGCCGGCUCUUUGACCUUCGUGCAGACCAAGAGUUAUUAUUGUAUUCUCAUGACAAUAUCAUCUGUGGGAUCACUUCUGUAGCCUUCUCAAAAAGUGGGCGUCUCCUGUUAGCUGGGUAUGAUGACUUCAAUUGUAACGUAUGGGACACACUAAAAGGAGAUCGUGCAGGUGUUCUUGCUGGUCAUGACAACCGUGUCAGCUGUUUAGGUGUAACUGAUGAUGGCAUGGCUGUGGCAACAGGGUCUUGGGACAGUUUUCUUAGAAUCUGGAAUUAACAGCACAAAUUUUCUGUUCUCCACUGAUACCUGGAGAAAUCAGUACUACAGCCUAUAGCUGUGAAAAGAAUUUACCUUAUAUUUGCAGGUGAAGAUUUUUCUAUUAAGAUUAUUAUAUACAAAAAGAAGCUUUCAGUAAACUACAAAACAAAAAAAGGUGAAAACAAGGUAAAGGUGCUUGCUGAGAUCAGGACCAGUGUAUUAAUUUGAGGAGUUGAGCUAAUUUAACCUUGAUGAAUUUUUGCUUGUACUGUCUAAUUCUUUUUCUUUGUGUAGAACAGAAUGUACACAUUAUAGCAGCCUAUCAUGUUUGAGAGUAUGUGUUUGCAUUUUUUAAGAACCACAUUUUUAACCUUGUAUACCUUAAAAAGUGUCAUAGUUUUGAGUUUUGUAGUGGAGGAACCAGGCACAGUAAUAGAUGCAAGUGAUACCAUUGACGUGUGUACUGAUAUUUGAAGCAACUCCUCUUGUAUUCCGACCAUUUUGAUCUAAAAGAGAUCCUGGUUGCUUACUGUUUAAGAAUCCUGACAGGCCUAGGUACCACUGAGGGGAGUCCUUGUGAAUAUCAUUAGUUUCUGCUAUCUUAUCAAUUUAAAUUAGUGCUCAUGUUUAGUCUUUUGAAGGGGAUGUAAUCUGAUGGCCAGGGAGUAGAGAUCUCACUCUGAAAUUUUAGACAUACAUAAGAAACUCGUAUUAUAUUAAUUGGUAGAUAGCAGUAAUCACAUGAGAAUGGUUCUUGUUAUUUUAAAAAGCUGGCUAUCAUCAAAUGACAUUUAGGUAGCAUUCGAAAUAGCUGGGCUUUCCUAUUGAUUUCAUAUUCUAGAACUGAGUUUGUAAGGUGCACUCAUUUCAGAAGAUUGAUGACCAUUUGGACUGUCCUUGCAUCUGAAGUUUUCCCAGUGUUCUCCAUCAAUGUGUAUCUAGGUAGGAAAAAUAUUGUGAUGACAUUAUGUUUUUGAAAGAAGUAUAAAAUCGAACCAAUCACCAGGUCUGACUAGUUAUAAUCAUUAAGAAGGUUGCUUUAUGAAUUUAUGUUCACAUAAUAUAAAAUCUGAAUUGAUGUUAUCUCUCUGUGCCUUCAAAAAUUUAAAAAGCAGACAUUCAAGCUUUUUGAUCUUCUAUAAUAUUUCCUCCCAUUAGCACAAAAUAUUGGUUUCUAAGUGGUUUUGUUUCAAAGGAUACCAAGAUCAAAGUGACCCCCACUUUAAAGCCAAAAGAAGAUUCUAAGAGCAGUUCUGGAAGGGGUCAGAGGAAAAUACUAAGCAAUUCCUCUGCUUAUCAGUGAUAUAAUGUAUUACUAGAACGGGCCCCCUUGAACUUAAACAGAGAUCCUUCCUUGCCCCUUGGAUUUCUCUCUUAAAAAUAAUCUAAAUGCUUGACAGUAGAAGAUUGUUAGUCUUCUUUGAUGGUAAAGUCGUGGGGUUUUUCUGAUGUAGAAGUGCAUUGUGUUUUGUAACUUAGUAAACUGUCAGUAACUGUUGAGAUAGGUCUGUUAACUUUUGACCACCUGUAACCCUAACCUAAAUACUCCCAAAUUUUACUUGUAAAUUUUCAUUUUUAUAUUGUGGAUGUGCUAAUAAGCAUAUCAACCAUAAUGAAAUCAGUAACUGUUUUAAGAUUCUAAAAAGAAUAAAAUGGGAAAAGGAAGAUUAAGAUAUAGGACCAAAAAAACAGACUGUUGUAGAUGGCAGGCAUGAAUGUAUAUUUAUAUACACAUUCAAGAUUUCUGUGAACUUUAGCUGUUAAUGUUUGUGGACUAUUUAUAUCACUUCAUAAAAGAGCAGCUCUUUGAGAUAAGGCAAGAAUACUUCAAAGGGACAUAUUCAUUUCCAAAAAUAGACAGGGGUGAGGGUUUACCAUGUAGUUCAGCAAUUUAUUCCAAAAUCCUCUUCAGGAAAGCACUUCUACCAUGUGCAAAAUAGCCUUAUAUAUAUAAAGAGAGUACCUCUACUUUGAAAGUGGUUCUAGUAACAAGAUACUUUAGUCAGAGGCACACAGACUAUAAGAAGUCUGUGGUCUUCGGAAUGUUAAUAAGUGAUUUAAUGUUAUUAAAAUUUUUGUAGAUAGUUAAAAAGCAAUUCCCGUAAUUAAAUAUGUAUUAGGCAACUGAAAACUAACCACUACUGCGGCUCUUAUGACCGUAUUUUACAUAUGACCGAAUGGUGACCUCAUUGCCACAUUAACUUACUACUUAAACUUUUGUUAGUGAUAUGGGUUCCAGUUGCUGAACACUUACUUACAGUUUGAGUUCAUCUGCUCGUCAAAUUCUUUUGUGCAUAAGAACUUCCUAAAAUCAGUAUAAUUUGUAGAAGCACAGUACAGUUUGAAUCCCAGUUUUUCAAAACUUAAAAAAAAAAUAUGGCCCAAAGUAGUUUUAAGGAAUUUUAUCAAUAUUGCAGUUCUGGUGCCUGAUUUUUUUUUUACUGAAGAAACCUUUAAACGUCAUGUGCCUCAGUUAGGUUUAUUUGUAGAGUCUUUAAUCACUUCAUAAAGAACAGUUUUUUUUAAGAUGUGGCAAGAAUAUUUUAAAGGCACAUAUUCUUUUCUAAAACAAAGUGGAGUGAUUGCCAUGUGCUUCAGCAAAUCAUCCCAUAAACAUGCUCAAGAAAGCACUUUGUGCUCUCAG